AUGAUGGUUAAUGACAGUCGUGGUGUCCAAGAACGUCCUGAUAUUCCAAUUUCUUACAAAGGAAGAGUUAAAAUUGAAGGAAGAGCAACCCUGGUUAUCAAGAACAUCAACCCUGGAGACAAUACUGAAUUUAGAUGUAUGAUAUGGGGAGGAGGGAAAAUUGAAAAUACAGUUCAGCUUAUUGUGGCAGGUACAUAUUACAGACAUAACCAUUAAUAAUCAAACAUAAAUCAAAUGCAUUCAACUUGUGUCUUUCAUAUUUCUGAUAUCUAGAAAAAGUAAAAUUUAUGGCAUAAAUUUGCACAAAUCUUUAUAUGCAGGGCUGAAAAUGGCUAGCUAACCCAACUUUUGGGAAAAAUAGUGCUACUUUUACUUGGCAUGCGAGGCUCCCCAAAAAGAAGAAAAUAAAUUCUAGCGUUUACUUUGCUGUUAUCCUCAUCAAUAAGAAUUCAAAGAGUAAUUGCUUUAUUCUUCUGGCACCAACUACUGGGUUGCUCUGUUAUACACAGAUAACUAUUAUUAAUAUGAGUACUGAGAUUUUCUCUUAGCAAAGAUGUCAAUUAAAAAUGGUCAGUCAAAACUAGACACAAUCCAACUAGUUCUAUGAUUUUGCUAAAUCAGUGAAGGAGAUUAUUGCAUGACCAUGCAGUCACAGGCAGUAUGUGAAAUUAAUUUGGUGUGAAAAAAAUGGCAUUGCUUUUCAAGUCUUUUUUGGGACUUGCCAAAGGGAACGAAAGUCGGCAUUACACCUUUUGCUGCUUUCUGAGGAUUAUGAUCUUCAAGGUUUACAGAUGUAAAUUUAGUCAACAGAAUGGUAACUUCCUCAAGUAAGUUCUGAGAUUAAGGAGGAAGUCAAGACUUAGAUUUGAUUAAUAUGUGCUGGAGCAAAAUUUCUAAAGUUAUGCAUGGAAGCAACAAACCAACAAAGUCUAUAAUCCAAGCUCUUUAUGCUCUUUGGAAGACGUUGAGCAUGCAAACAGAAAAUAAUUCAGUGAUGAUCAACUUGGCCAGGUACAUGUAGGAAUGCUGUUCCUGGCAGAUGCUGUUAUUCAUGGAGGUCAGUUCAACAGCUUUAAUUUUAUUGCUGACUUUGGUUGCUCCACAGAGAAACUGGCUGAGUUCCGCAAAGAGCUCUAAGAAACUAAAAGUAUUCAAUUUCAAUGUAGAGUAUGAAACAUUUUUGAGCUUAUGCAACCUAAACUCUUCAAAAAAUUUUCAUGUAUAAAACGAAAGCAUUUACAAUUUAGCUUGUGAGCAAGCUAAAUUGUACUGAAUAAAGUUUGAGCCUCUUCAUACUAGUUGGUUGUGGGGGACCAAUGGCUGGAUACUUUUGUGUAUUGUAUUGUAAUUGGGUAAAUUUUAAAACUCAGUCCAUGUAAAAUUUGCUAUACACCAUAUGAACCUCAUAUGGCAUAUAGCAAAUUUUACUUGUCCUGAGGUGAGAUAUAAUCUCUUUCAACUUUCAGAGGCACCACUUAUAAACCUCUCUUCGGGAGUGAAAUAUUACACUGAAGGCUCCCCUGUCACCAUGGCCUGCAAAGCUUCUGGGAAACCACAGCUGGAUGUAGCAUGGAUUAGAAAUGGAGAACUGAAAAGUUCAGGGAAGGAAGCUGCGUUUUUAAAGUUUGAUAAUAUAAACAGAACGGAUGCAGGACAAUAUACAUGUCGAGCCAAUAACUCAGUGGAAGUCACUUCCAUUGAGACAACAAUUGUAGUUUACUGUAAGUAUAGUUUAACCUUAAUUUUUAUUUCUGAAUUUACUUUAUUUAUAGUAUGAAUCCUGUUAUUGGGGUCAGUUACACAAAACUGACGAAUCUGUACAAAAGUGUAAGGAAACAAAAUUCCACCUUAAAUCCUUUUCGGCUUAGUGUGCACCAGUCUCAAGUAUGGGUUGAGACAAUUGAAUAUAGGUGGAAUAAUUUUUCACAUUAUUUUGCUUUGGAGGGCGUGACAAUUUUCUCACCAAGUCAUUGCUUCAGUUGGACUGUGUUUAACUCAGAAAAUGGCUUACAGCCAUUUGUGAGUCAUUGUGACAACCCAAAAUUUACUCCGUUUGACCAGCGCACAAGUCUAGCAUAUAUUCUGAUUCUGUGUGAGGGCUCUGGUUAGGGCUCAAUGGAAAUCCGAGGACUGGUCAAGAUCCUCACUGUCGGCUGAGAAAUUACACUUUUUUUUACUGAUAGCUGAGAUCAGGUAGUUGAUGUCAAAAUGGGCUGAAAUUAAAACUGCAUGCCCAAGGUUUGCGCACAUGUUUGCAUGUGUGGCGCUCGUAGAGAUAUACUAUUUGAGGACGAGAAUCCAUUUUAUAUUUAAUUACUCGUAAGCCUUGCCACCUUAUACUGAAUACUCGACUGCCAAAUAACACAAACUUGACGGACUGUACUAUGGAGUGAUCACAACCUUCACUCUUUUUUUUUUUAUCUGAAGACAGUGAAAGGAAAGACAAAUGCUGCGCCCGUGUAAUUGAUGUCCAUGGCUCUCUGGUUGGGAGUUGUGUUACUGCAUGCACUAUGCCGUCCCACUCUGUGAGAAAAUUAAUGAGUGAGUUGCCAGUCAUUGGAUCCUUGUGUUUGCGCACAGAUUUUUGGGAUCGCCACGGGGCAAACAUUGCAACUCACUGGAAGGAAUUGCGUGGCGAAAGUUUGUUCCGACGUCCAAAAAAAUGAUUUUAGAGAGAGAUUAUCGCUUUUUCGCUGCUCCUUUAUCAAAAAAUGGAUUAGGGUAAUGCUGAUACAAGAGAAGAGUAAGUUUUUGUUUGAAAAACCGUGUAUUAUGUAGUAAAGUCUACCGAUUAACUGGUCUCGAAAUUUAGAAAACCUAACUAUAUAAAUCGCCAAGAAAUAACUCAACUAAGCCGUGUCAGUUUUUUGUGCGUGAGUUAAGUCUAUUUCUAGCUUAGCUUAGUAAUACAAAAGAGCGCUAUAAAAGCUACCUUGAGGCAGCAGGAGAUUGAAAUGGUGUGCUGGAGCAUUAAAUAUUAAUGUAGUACAUUCAAGUGAUAAAAUAGCUACGCUGCUUCUUUGUUUUGAUCAAUGAGAACGAAUCAGCGUUGAUGAUUGGCUCAAAACUGAACCCUGUGACGAUAAGUGAUACAAACUGGUCUCUUAAGGGGCGACGCACAACUGAUGAUAUGUCCACAGUCUCUGUCGGAGUUCCCGUGAUCUUGUUUUCCCGUGAUUUUUCUCAAACAAACUAUCACUUGAACUGGGGAUUUCCUCAGGUUUUUUUCAUCGCUUAUUUUAUCCUUUCAGUGAGCAUCAGCUCGGUAAAAAUAAUUUCCAUCUCCGCUGACAACGACUUCUCUCCUUUGAGGAAGCAUAUUUUCAAACGUCGUAAUUUGUUUAUCUAAUACGUUAGCAAGUAUAAAAAUAGGCUGUACAUGUAUAAAUACAACUGAAAAGACUUAAAAGAGUUAUUUCCUAGCGAUUUCUGGGUAAUUUUGUACUACUUUGAGACCAUUACGCGAUGACGAUUUCACAAUAGACCUUACGCAAGGAGAGAAGUAUUUCGUGGUAACUUCUAAGGUAACAACAUUAUCUUUUUCCAUGUAUGAUAAAACUACUGCGAAAAAGCCAUAAUCCCUCGCCAAAAUCGCUUCUUUUGGACGUCCAAACAACCUUUCACCAUACGUUCCUUUAUAGCGAGUUUAAUGUUUGCCCCGUGGCGAUCCCAGAAACCUGUGCGCAAACUCAAGGUCCGAUUACUGGCAACUCAUUCACAGUUUCCGUGUUUGCAUAUACGCAGGCAUUCGACCUCUGUUGUUAGGAGCAGGUAAAAAGCAAGCAUGAACGGUAUGCCAAUCUCUAGAUUUUGAACUCACACAUUAGAAUUACACCAGACAUGCUUUCUUGGAGUAAUCCACAUACAUGAAACAUUUCCUGUAAAGAAAAAAAACAAGCAAACAAAAACGACCAAAAAUGUCCAAAAUCGCAAUCGCAACGAGAUCGCAGCGUAAAGGUUUGUUGCUCUCACCGUUCACAUUUUGGCAUUAGGGUUGCACUUGUGCAAGUACAAAUCUGUUGUAACUGACGUUCUGUGACGGCCUUUCUAACGUGCCAUAUUUAAUAUUUGCCUCUUUACGAGUGAAAGUGAGUUAAAACAGUAAUUUCCCUUACCGCCUCUUGAUUUUUGUAGAGAAAUAUCAGACCUUCUUCUAUUUUGAAGUCCAGGAAUAGUCUUAUAUCUGUCGAUGUAAGGGAAUACAUGUACUUGCAUACUUUGAGCCAUGUCAUCGUACACGUAAAUUUGAUAUUAAUAUUAAUCUACGGACAUAAUCAAGAUUAUUAUAGGAAAUCAUAUUUCAUUGGAAAUGCUGAACUUUGGAACUUGUUGCAAUCCACUAUUUUUCCUCUUUUAAGACCAGCCUAGACAGCAUUUAUCUCUCAAAACGAGAAAUUUAUAAUUCUCCUGGCUGCUAUUGAUAUAUGUUUUUAGUAUAAUUGCUCGGGCGAUUAUAGAGAUGCACGCACUCUGAUCGGUAGAGGAGUGCGUCAUAUCUCGCUUUAAUCACCUUGUGUGAGGUAAUUAUAGCAGGAGCGCCAAAUUUUAAAAUGGCUCCCUUGCAUUUUGUUAAGGGACAAAAGGGAAAGGAGAAAAUUAAGUUCUUAAGAGUGGGAAAGAUGCUAAUAAGCUUGGCGUGACACUUUCCAAGAUAUGAAAUUUUUGCUGAUGGAGUGAAAUGAAUCUGUUAAAUUCUAGUGGAACCUGGCUUAUCUUUAUACAUGUAAUCCAUAUUAUUGUAACAGAAUUUGCAAAACACAUUUACAACAAUUUGAAAGCAUUUUAGCAAGUAUACUUAAUAGAGCAGUUGUUCGCCUCAGGCUCAUUGAAGAUUGUUGAAUGACCAUCUCGACGAAGUCGAGAUGAUUAUUGGGGGGGUCAUUCAACAAUAUUCACUCUGCCUUCGGCAAAUAGAUGUUAAAUAAAUAAAAUAUAUAUAAACAUAAAUAUAUAAAUAUAUAUAUAUAUAUAUAUAUAUAUAUAUAUAUAUAUAUAACUAACUGCAGUACUGUUUCGCCCUUCUGAGCCUCAUCAGUGCAGUGCUGACGUUAAAAGGGAGGUAAGGCUAUAUAGCCACCCCAAGUGAUCUCACACAUGUGGGAUCAUCUAAGCCAUGCCAGAGUGCUCAAACUAGAAAAACUAGUGAGCAUGCAUAUAUAUAUGUUUAGUUAUUUCCUUAAUGUACGUUAGUGAUGUAGGGGGUUAGAUAGCAAUUGGAACGGCAGUUCUGUUUCUUUCUCCCUUUGCAGCCCGAGAACUUUCGUUCCAAUUGUUAUUUAACCCCUACAUCCACUCAUCAGGGGGUUUCGUUGGCAACCACGAAACAGGUCCGUAGGGAUGAACUUGUAGUUUUUUGUCUUUUUCCUCCCACAAUAUAUACAUCGCUCUACUCCUAUGUAUUGAGCACUGUUUCACGAAAGUUAAAAUUUUACACUUUUUUGUUUGUGUUGCGUGUAACGUUGUUUAAAAGUUUCUUCAGUUUGUCCAAUGUAAUUCUUUCCGGUUGUGUCAUUUGCUGUUGUUACGUUGGCGUUUCUAAACUUAGGCGCGAAAGGCGCGAAACUCUGAGCAACAGAGAAUCGAUGCGUCCUCUUUAAUUCUUUCACUUAUAUAUAUAUUUAUGUUUAAUAUAUGGCUCAGGCGUGUGGCGACUAUAAUGGUGCUCUGAUUGGCUAAGAGUUACAUCCGUACAAUCAGCACACAAAGACAACCAAAGUUCGGACUCUGCGAACAGUACGAUGAUUUGCCGAUAGUUCGACACACCGGAAGUCGAAUCGUGCUUUUACAUACCGGAAGCGGAGGGGCGUGAACAAUGUGUCAAAAUGAGUAGCAUGAAAAGAGAAAUGACAACGUGAACCUUCCACGUUCUAAAAGCGUGAAACGGCCGGAUUUCCAUUGUCAGAAUAUCAUAUUAUUUAAAUGAACCUUUUUCCUUCCUAAAGCGUUAAAUAGAGGCAUUGAAUGUUGACGAAUCGACACGAUUCGUAAGUGUGGAUACGACUCGUCAUUAGUAAAAUAGAUCCGUCUCACCGGAAGUCGAUUCGCAAAAGAAGACAAUACAUACUUAAGCGUUAAAUUGGGGUAUUCAAUAUAGACGAAUCGACUCCAUUCGCGCGGGUCGACUCGAAUUGUCAUCAGUAAAGUCGUCUUACAAAUCGACUUCGGGUAUGACAGGUCGACAUCAACUGUGACGAGUCGUUCGAAUCGUGUCGAUUGGACAAAAUCUGCAACCCCCUUUCGCGGCCACUUGCGGAAAAUUUUGGAAGUGUCUUGCAAAUCGUCUUCCGGUAUGACAGGUCGACAUCAACUGUGACGAGUUGUUCGAUUCGAGUCGAAUCGAGUCGAUCCGACAACACCUCUUACGAAGGGGGAUAUUUCUAAGUUGUCUUGCAAAUCGACUUCCGGUGUGACGAGUCGACUUCAACUGAAACUAGUCGUUCGAUUCGAGUCGAAUCGAGUCGAUUCGACAACAGUCGCAACGACCCUUGGUAAUUACUCGCGGAAUAUUUUUUAAGUGUCUUGCAAAUCGACUUCUGGUAAGACAGGUCGACUUUGACUGAAACGAGUCAUUUGAUUCGACAACGUUUUCAUCAAUCCUUGACAGUUACUUGCGAAAUAUUUCCAAAUAUUUUCGAUAUCAAUAUUUUUGCAAAUUGACUUCCGGGAUGCGUUUCCCUUUAAUGCGAGAUGGUUUAUCAGAUUUCCGGUAUAACGGGACACAUUAACCGCGCAUCGACUUCCGGUAAAACGAUUCGCAAACUGCCUUUGACGAAUCGUAGCGGUUUGGGUGUAUUGGACAACCCUCAUUUUGGUCGUACGAUCAAAUUUUUCCGACUUGAUGGGUUACUGUUGCAACUAUUAUUUUUUCAAUAAGUAUAGUCUACGCUGCGCGUUCUCCGCGCACCGCUAUUGAAUCAGUGCAGAGAGAGAGAGAGAGAGAGACCUUAUUCUGGUUGCGAAUUCAUUUUUUCCGAGACCUGAAGAGGCGAGAGAAAAUAUGAGCUAUCAGCAAAAUUUCCGCUCGUAUCAGAUGUUAAACUCUCGAUUAAUGGAUUUAUUAUUCCACUAUUAUUUUCAGUUAUUAGUGUUUUAAUUUUAGUAUGCGAAUUACAUCCUACGGCCUUAUCUGUGUAUCAUAUCGGCCGUAUGAGGUGCUCUUUCUUGCUUAAAAGUUCGCUACAGCAGUCAAAUUAAAAAAAAUUAAACAAAAAAAUUAAAGUUUGGAUCAUUCAGGUCGGCCAAUAUGUUGCUACGUAUUUUUAGCUUGUUUUAAAGUGUAAUACUGUGGCAUAUUUUGCCGGUUUUAUUACUUUAUGUGGUAAAAUGACACUGCAGUGGAAUGAUAAAGCUCAUUAAUUUUCUGAUUGAUAUGAAGUAUCACUAAUUAUUUAUUCAAUUGCUUAUUGCCUUGGCAUUUAUUCUUAGACCCGCCCACAAUUCAAAAUGUCACCACGUCAUCUAAGAAGUCUUGGAUUGGCCAGACAGUGACUUUGAAGUGUCUUUCUGAUGGUGUUCCUACACCAACACUCUCUUGGUACAAACCUGAAGGAAGUGAAAUAAACAGAGUCACAGCCAGAGAAAACAAAGAACAAGUGCCACUCAGGGGUGAUCAAGAUUUUGGUCAUUACAAGUGCAUUGCUGCCAAUGGACUUAUUCCAUCUGAUGAGAAAUUAAUAAAGAUAAGUCAGAUAAGUAAGUCAAUGAGAUCAGUGUAUUUUCAUUAAAAAGAAAACUAUAUAUGGGAUCAGCAUUUCCUUUUGCCUUUGCUCAUUAUCACUGUUUCAGGUGUAUUAGAGGUAAAAGCCAAAUUUUCUUACAAAGUAUUGGACAGAGUAACUCAUUCACUUUGUACAUCUCAUUCGAUGAUUUAACAUUUAAUACGUGCGGAUAUUUUGCAAGUCCCAUAGGUGUGUGGAAAAAAAUAAGCUUAUGUUAAACCAUCGAGUAAGGGAUUUAUUAUUCUUUCAUUUACGAACAAUUUGUCCGCUUAGUUUUCGACAUACAUCUUACGGCCUUAUCUGAGCGUUCCAUUCGCAUUUUUUCCCUCUUAAGCAGCAUUAGACCUUCACAUAUAUAACUUCCAACAGUAGACUAAACACUCCAAACACUCCAGCAUUGUAUUAACGCGCUUUAUUUAAGAAACGAUGUUGUAGUUGCGGUUGUUCAAAGCGGUUAAAACUAAAAUCAAAACAAAGAAAAGAACGUUACAAAGUGAACUGAAACGCAACGGAAAGAUGGACUAAAGCAACACUUACAUUUGUUAGGAGCUGGGAAAAAAAACUGCACUGGAGCGGCGACGAACUGUAAUGUGAAAUCUGGCUGCCGUAGGGCGAAAAGUGACCGCUUGGAAAUGGCAAGCAAAAAAAAACUGACCCGAAGAGGCUUACACGUCCUUUAGAUACUACAUUUAUAUUCAUUAAUUACAGGUUAACGCACUCAGCGAGUGAACUAUGGGGAUUUACCUGCACGAGUUCACUGACAAUGAACGAGAAAUUUCAAAGCCUCGUGCGGUUUUGAAUACUCCGAGUUCAUUGUUUGUGAACGAGUACAGGUAAAUAAUGACAAAUCACGAGCCAUGAGUACGUUAACAUUUUAAUUAUUCAAAUUGAAUACACUGCACAAAGGAACACUGCUUUGAAACCACUAUCUACAAGGUAAACUAAGCCAUGGUGCAAUGACAAUGGUGUGUUGAAUUUACACCACGGCUAUUAUACCACGAUAACGAUGUCAAGGAAGUUGUUUCGUCACAACCCAGUAUCACGUGGUACAAAUCAUCUAAUCAGAAAAUCGAAAUUCGAAGAUUGUAUGAAAGUUGAAUAACAAACUGUGAGAAGAAGUGGACUUGCAUUCAUCCUUAGUGUUGUGACAAAACUCAAAAUAAUCUCUUUUCUUAUGACACUAUGUAGAGAAACCAGGGAAAGCAUCCAUCAAAUCAGAAUCAGUCAUUCAAGCAACUUCUAUAACAAUACAAUGGACUGCACCAGCGGAUGAUGGAGGAAGUCCGAUUACAGGAUUCCAAAUGAUCUUACAAAAGGAUGAAACUGAGAUAAAAAAGGUUAAUAUCACCGAUCCUGGGACGACAAGUUAUUCGUUUCGUGGUUUGGAGAAAGAUACCAACCACACAGUGAAACUGUUUUCCAGAAAUGUUGUAUUCGAGGGAGAUCCUACUGUAUGGAACAUUAGGACCAAGUUUGAAGGUGAGGAAUCAAAAGUGAUGUCGUGAGCACUUUACACCAAUCAUUUUUUCGCCAACUUAGAUUUGUUGUGAGUAACCCAGUUUUAACAAUGUUAUCUGCUUGUCGCAUUAUAAGAUUUUCGAUUUUCAGCGUUUGUCCCCUCCUUAGUGGCCAGUUUCCUUUCCCUUUGUGAUAAUUGUUUUAGAGGUACGUGCGUUUGAAGAAGCAUAAUAAAAGUAAUGAACGUAGGUGAGAACAAUCGACAACCUACGCGGUUACGUUCCGCAAGUGCUACCCGAUUUAUCAAGUAUUGUUUACCUUGUCGGUUUUUUUAUUUUUAUUUUUUUAUUUUCUAAUGUUCAGGUCUCAAAAUCUGUUAUGUGAAUCAGCAACAACAGCCGCUAGAGAGUGAUCUUUUCUUUAAGAUGAGAAAUGGCUUGUUUUCAUUUCGCAGGGAUAAGCCCAAACCAAAACAGUUAAGGUUGCCGUUUUCAAGAAAGUUUCUUUCGAAUCUCAUCCGGCACAUAUCUCACUCAACAGAAAAAGUAUUGUGGGAACAGGUGUGAACUUAGUAACUGAAGUUGAGCAACCGUAACAUGGCGAUGAAGUUCGUCACACCUGUUAUCCCUUAAGCGCUUCUUGUCAUUGCCUCCUCGACUGGCAACCCCCCUGGAGAAAAAAUUUUGUUGUCUCGGCGGAAGAACCCGCGCCAGCUUAUGUUUGCAGAAGAAGAAUCGUAGGUCUGGACGCUCAAAUGGCUCGAGAAGCGGAGCAUGCGCACUCAUUUUUGCGCUGUGUCAUUGCAAAGUGCCUGUACUAAGUCGUGCGCGAUAUCAAACUUUGAAAAGCAGAAUAUAGUUGUACACGAACUGAGAUCCUUUCUGUAAUUACGUGACACAAACGAAUAGGGAAUUGCGACCUCAUCUAUGCAUCGGUCUUUCAUUUGAUCUCGUGUAAAUAGCAAUUAAAUACCAGUAGAAGUCAGUGUAUCGUUCAAAUUCACCUUGUAAAUGCAGUAUUUGUUUUAGGCAAUAACCGACCAUCAUUUUAGGCUUCUCAUUAUCGCUUCAUCUCAAUACUUAACUUAAUUUUGCUUUCCAUACACUAUCGUUUCAAAAAUAUCCCAAAAAAAUCCUUGACCAAUUUACAGAUUAUUUAAUCAUUGAUAAUGGUGUGACUAGGUUUGUAACAAGAAGUUGUAUAAUUAUUGAAAAUUUCACGCUGUUCGUGUUGUUGACAUCAAUCUAGGAGCCCCAGAUGUGGUCGAAAUAGACGAACUGCCAGAUGAAACAACAGACGAUACAAUUACCCUAAAGUGGAAGGAGCCAGAAAGUAAUGGAAAAGUUAUUACCAUGUAUACAGUGUACCAAAGAGUAGUGACUGAUGGGAAAGUUGGACAGUGGACAGAAAUAAAGAAAAUCAGAGAUGUUUCUUUGAGAGAAUUGAAAAUAACGUUGGAGAGAGGAAAGGUGUAUCAGUUUGCCAUUACUGCAACUAAUGAGCUUGGUGAAAGCCUAAAACAAGAGAAAGCAAAUAUCCAGCAAGUCAAAGCAAAAGAAGGUAUGUUCAAAUGAAUCUUACUUUCCCCUUUCAACGGUUUAUCCUUUUCUUUACUUAGUUUUCAAGCACUCUCCGUGUCAUCAACAUCGAGGUUUUUACGGGUGAAUUCUUCGCUUGCAAGAACCUGAAUCAACGAGAAAAAUUUUACUUACGUCGCAGUUGAUAUUUGUAUGCCAACUGCAAAUAUAUAGCAUAUCUAUUAACUGUCAUUGGCUGGCACUCACAGAUAUUUUAAGUAGUUUACUGACACAUGCUGAUCUGAAUCUGGAAAGAGAAGUCUGCAACACUUUCGUUUUGUCUUCUCACAUUUAAAUUAACCGCUUUUUUCUUUUCUUUGCCGUCAUCAGUUAGUUGAUGCCUCUCUCCCGCAAAAAAAAAAUUCACACUCCCACACUGAAUUCCGAGAACUCUUCUGUCAUUUUCACCACCACUGCACUUUACUCUUCAUACCGAUGAAAGCGACUUCGCACUUAGCUUCCUCUGCGCACCGUAAUUUCGACACCAGAUUACUGAGCCGCAAGAACUCAGAAGUGGCCUGUUGUCGGCGAUUUCGCUUUAGCUUAAUUAAGAAUGUAUGAUCACGCUGCCUCACGCAGAGAGUUUGUCAAUCUUUUCAGAGAUUUUCUUCGGUGAAGCUACACAAACUUCCUGUCUCAAGGUCAUGAAGGGGUCUUCAUUUCCUUAGGUCUUAGGUCCUAGUUUUCGGGGACUUUCGUUUUCGCUACAAGCGUAGUUCGCUUUCUCUUUGUUGUUGACCUCUUUUUAGUCUGUUUUCUGGAGCUCUUUCAACCUUCUCACGUUGGUCUUCGCAUGAUAUUCGCCAUUUUACUUCAGCCUUUUCUUGUUCUCUAUCGUCUUCCCCUCACUGUGUUCUACCUAUUCUUCGCCCUAUCAAACCCCAUUUUGCGUUUUUCUCGACUCGCUCCACGUCUUUUCAGUUCUUUCUCUCUUAGGUCGCUCUCUCUCUCUCUCUCUCUCUAUUUCCAGUCUAUUUUCACUCGAGAUCCUUUCUCCAUGAACUUGAACUGUCGUAAUUUCUUCCGUUUGGAAAAGCUUUAGCUCUGAGUAUCGUUGCUUUGCAAGUUCAUUAGAGAUUGCAAAAUACCAAGAAUCACUUUUCAACAACAACCUCACCAGUAUGAUUUCCCGGGUUGCAAAUUCUUUCCUUGCGCUGCUUCACACCCUCUAACCUUUUCUACAAACAUCUUUGAAGUCGAGUCUAAAGUCUCUUGUCGUUAUCAAGAUUGAGAUGAGAUAUUCUAGCUCUAGCUUGUCUUCGUUUAAAUCAAACUUUAGCAGCGCAUGAAACAGAUACAAGACAAAUUUCAUAUUUCAGCGGCCAGAUAUGCCAUGAUCAUUGAAAUUUGGUUUAAUGAGGACAAUCAUGAAACACGAAUAAUCAAAAGAGAAGAAUUGAGAAAAUAACAGGUUGAAGUGACUAUUCUUUUUAAUUUAAUACAAUUAUCGGAGGAGUUUGACACAAUAGAGAAAACUGUGGAGUAAACAGUCAUACUUGGCGACAUAAAGAGAAGAUAUAAGAGAAGCCCGUACGUUUCUGGCGUAUUGUUUCACUGACUCAUUGUUCUCACUUAUACCCUAUUAAUCGACCGGUAAUCUCUUAACUGGAAGUUGUUUACGGUCGUUUCUUUAAAACUCUAACUUAUUUUCCCAAACCAAAGUUCACAAUAACGCUAAAUGAAAUAUCAUUUCAACCGACGCCUACAUCAUACACGACAUCUGAAGAAGAAAACGUUAUUUAUCCUGAACCUGUGCGCACUCUGAUUGCCUUUCAUCAUGAUCGCAAAAGAAAAACUGAAGCCCCGUUUAAACGGUCAGGAUAGUUGACGAUAGUUUCAACUAUCAAGCGCGUUUGAACACGAACUAUCCUGCUCUAUCAUCGCAUUUCAUCAAAUAUCAUGUAGUUUGGACAUGUUCAAAUUCGACAUGAUAGUUUGAGAUAGUUUUUGCUGUUUGAACGAGAGGAAGAUGGUGAAUGAUAGUGGUUAGGUCAGCAGUUUUGCCAAAAACGGGCUCAAACCGAGAUGGCAAUUGUUAAAAUGUCUAAAAUAGCCGUCGAAAUUCCCCAGAAUGUCUCGUAGUUAAUUCUCAUCAUUUCCUGGUAGGCUUCAGUAUCUUUAACUUGUAAUUAACUUCUUGACUAAAAUUUCAAAUGUCACUGAAAUUGCUGACCUCAGCGUGCACCAUAUUUGUGUACAAUUACGCGAUCUCAUUGGGUGGUAUUUUGUCAACUAUCAUCGACUAUCAUGAACCGUUUGAACACAAACUUGAUAGUCAGCGAUGUGAAUGAAAGUUGAAACUAUCGUUCAGUUGUCUAUCAUCAACGAUCGUGAUCGUUUGAACGGGGCUUAAGUCAUUUGCAUCCUGUUGCUGUCGAGUGAACAUCUUUUAUGGAAGACAGAAUAGCAAGAAAUGUAUGUAAUGCGAAUUCACUGUCUAUUGCCGCUCCUUCGUUAAAAAGGAAAGUUAAAAAGUGUUGAAGGGCCUGUGGGCUCUCGUCAUUCUUCCGCGACCAAAUUCGUUCUUAGGAGGCAACUAAAGAGAUUCAGAAAGAAUCGAAACAGCAGUCUUGCUUAAGGAUCUUCGCGAACGGCAGCAAUUACACUCUCAGCCGAUGGCUGUGUGAAUAAUAUCGAAUUCAGAAAUUACAUUCCGAGACGGGACUUAUUUAUAGUGACAGGGAAUCGACCCUUGACAUGGAAAUGUAUUACAAAGAGAUAGAGUCACCCACUAGGCGUAAAUAGGGGGUCUGAGGUCGCUACGUUGAUCACUGUAUCAGCGCUACUUUUCCACCAGAGAGGAACUCGAUUAUUUUUUAACUGCUGUCAGUUACUUUCAUCCAGCUCUAAAAUAGAUCUGGGAAAUUUCUGACACCUCUUUGGCUUCUCUACAAGUCAAAGUUAACAGAUGACGAUCUAUGCAUUAGUGGGUGUGCUGCAGACCCACGGAGUCUCAUGGUUUUGUCAUCUUCAAAUCAAUUACAUGUCAAGAAUACCAUUCCUUAUUCUCAAUGUCUUAGGCUUCAUUGCCCAUACAUUGACAGUUCUGAUUUCUCAAGAUAUCAGAGGCAAUAUGCCAGUUCUUCAAAAACCCGUGGCCAUCCUGCCUUUGUCAUUCAAGGGAGUCUUUAACAACUGAUCGAAAGUCGGCAAUCCACAAACGUCACAGUAGGAAGAGAAUGAUCGUAUUCCAUAUUAGCGGCACAAUCACGCAAUAAGACUUGUCUUCUAACAAAUUUAAAUAACUUCAAAAUGAUCCAAAAACUGGUAUAUUAUUUUUGCGUAAAACGGACAACUGUUUGGUCAGUAUAAUGUUAAGACUGGCUCUACCGAUGUCAUCUAUUUCAUAACUUGCGGUUAUUUCAAAAAGUUAUACUUCGGCGAAAAGGAAGACGACUAGGGGAACGAUUCUGAAGACACCAUCGUGACACAAAAUACAAGAAAAACAAUAUCUCUCAAAUUGGCCUCCCAUUCGUACAUUUUAUGCCAGUGUUCUUUUUAAGUAAAGGCUUUAUACAUGAGUUCAAAUGAUAAUUCUUGUGCAAACAAACAAACAAAAGUUCAUUUUAAGUCGUAUUAUGUUUUUCCCCAGUUCAAACAGUAAGCACAGAAGUUUACCUGACAGCGACAAUACAGGAGAACUGUAGCAGACGUUCGGAAGUUGCUGCGAAAUUUCCAGAAAUGGUAAGAUAAUCUACUUGAUCCAUACACUGGAGUUUAAGGAAUACUGCCAUGAGAUUUAUCAUGAAAAGUGAAUCUUAAUCAAUCUGUUCUUGAAUCAAAUCUUAAUAUUUCUGUUAAAAAAAUAAGUAAAAUAAGUACAUAUGUCCUUUUUAGGCCUGUCAAAUUGCCUUCAGGUUUGGCUGCUCAUCCGCAAACACUGUGAACACCAGGUAAGGUACAGUUUGUUGUUGUACACUGAAACAACAAAUGCAAACUCAAAUUUGCCUUCUAGUAGGGGAAAGGAGCUUUAUUUCAAUCUGUUGUAUUUUAGUUGUAAAAGUGUUUUUUUUGCUCUAGCAAAUCUUAUUUAAUACAAGAUAAUUUAUGUUUGAAGUACAUUGUCUUUGAUAUUGUCUUUAUUUACCUUGGUUUAAUACAUUGGUUAAAUCUCAAUAUAUUUUAACAAUUAAAAAUCACCAAAGUUCGAACGUGUGCGAUGAUACUCUUUGCUCUCUCUCUCCCUCCCCCCCCUUAUCUAGGUGUGGCAGUGUUGUUCUUGACUUUAUGAUGAGGUUCAAUCAAACUGUAGUCGUCAGCAAUGUUUUGAUUUUCCUGUCGGAUGCUGCAAGGCAAGACAAAUUCAGAGGUUUUAAAGUCAAUCCAGACUCAAUUAAACAAGUUUUAUUACCCACAGAUGGCUUGGAAAGCACAGCAAAAGGUCAAUUUUACAAAGACAUUGUUCAAUGUUUACACGUAUUCUUCCGAAGAUGGACUUUUUAUAAUUGUAUUCCGUAUCUAUUUAAUUAAACAACUUAUUCUGUGACUGAUACACUUCCAAGUUUUUGUUUUUUCGUUGUUGUUUUAUUUAAUUCAACAAAGUCUUACUCUUAAAAAUUAUUUUAGAGAGAGUAGCACCUUACUCUUCCUUCGUACCAACCCAAUUAGAGUUAACGUUUUCCGGUCACGAACUUAUGCUAUGUAGUGAGAGCAGUGUAUCGACCAGGAUCAGUGUAAAUGUUGUUUGAAUGUUAUUUCAUCAAGCUUUGCGAAAUGAAUCAUUUUAGGUCCUGAGGAAUGUAACUGCCCAUCCAACAACGUCUUGUUGGCCGUAAUUGGGGUUCUUGCCUUCACAGUCCUUCUUUUAAUUAUUUACAUAAUCUGGCUACAUAAGAAAGGUAGGUAAAAAAUCAUAAUCUAUGUUUGGCUGCAAGAUUCUUUUUCACGCAAAAGCAAAUUUUUACUCACGUUUACAUCAUUUGUAUUUUUUCCUUUCGUUCUUUUUCAGGCGCUUUAGGGAAACAGAGGUAAGAAUUUUCUGCUAGUUGGAUUGUGUCGAUGUAAUGUGCCCGAUAUGGUUUCAUCUUAACACAAAACUCCAAUAAAACUGAUGAAAUUCUUAGCGUUUUAUAAUUAUUUCUAUGCUUUCUCAAUUGUAGGACUUAUGAAGAUGAGAGACGUGUUUACGACGUAAGUAAAUGAGAGGGAAAAAUUUGUAGUUCUACAUAAAAAAAAAGCAUAUUGCAUCAGUGGCAGAUACAAUGAAAUAAAAGAGGAAGUUAGGCUCAAUAAGGUCUUUGUCCUGUGAUCAUGUCCUUUACCAAGCCACUCCAUGGAUUUUCCUUCGAUUGUCCCUGGUUCAACCGCUUGGUUUCACUUCACAGAUCGCUAGUUGGUCUGCACCCGGUUGAUAUUUGCUUUCUAAAUAAUAGAUUUCGUGCAUUUAGGGCGUUGUAUUUUCUUGAUGCCUUAUUUUCUAAACGUGAGUUUAGGAGCUUGGUACUGCAAGAGUUGUUUCCUGCGUUUAUUUGUCAAAAUAUUGGACUACCAAUCGACAAUCUUCACGUUGCAGUUUGUAGCUUCGACGAAUAUGCUGUGAGCCUCGAUCACUCUAUUGGACAUGAUAAUUUCAAAAGCAGAGAACAAAAUGUUAGUAAUAAUAAUGACAAGAGAUUAUAAACUAUUUAUAAUCUCUUAUCAUGGAAGAAUAUAAACAUUUGUCUGAUAAAAAUGGGUGAACUGAUUUUUAUAACCAUGAGGUACUCUUUACUGGGAUUAAUAACCUUAACAGUGUGUUGGUUUAAUAGAAUGAAACAUUAUUAGAAGAUAUCGAACCAAGUCUACCUGAUUCAAGAAAACUCACCCAGCCUCAUGCGGAAUACAUGGAUCUCAUAGAAGUCAACAAAGAUGAUAGAAAAGCACAAAGUACCCCUCCAGGUGCUGAUUACGUGCCUCUUCAUCCAUUAACACGCUGCUGGGAAGUUCCUAGACAUAACGUGACCAUAGAAAAAAUCAUUGGUAAAGGUGCUUUUGGUCAGGUUGCCAAGGGAACAGCAGUAGGACUUCGAGGGAGUCCUGAAACGACCACAGUGGCUAUUAAGAUGCUUAAAAGUGAGCUCUUGUACUGUAAAUUGAAUGAGUCUUGGCCUACAGACAUUCAGGAAAUGUUACCGGGUUACUGUAAUUAUUUAGCUAUUUGCCAUUUCAUAAGUUACGUUGUUAUUCCGACAUUUCGCAUAUUAUUCCCGUUAACCAAAUUUUACUCCUUGUUUUUAAUGCUCCAGCAAACGCUUCUGAAUCGGACAAGAGAGAUCUGAUGAAAGAACUUGACACAAUGAAACAGCUAAAACCACAUCCUUACGUCAUUAAACUUCUGGGAUGUGUUACUGAAUCUGGUAUGCUUUGGUUAUGCGGGUCUAAUUUUGCUGUACACAUUUUUCUUAUGAUUUACUCUGUAACGCUUUCUCGUCAUUGAUAAUUUGCCUCAGUGGAAGGGUGACCGCUUCGUAAUUGAGCAAAACAAACAACCAUCGCAUAAGGUAAUUUUAUCUUAUUUCAGCCAACACAGACGUUCCUGGAUUUACUGAUAGACUAAGACCGAAUAUUUGCCACUGAACAGAUCAUUCUGUUGUAGAAGCAGAAACGCUUUUUGUAAGGGAAUAAUUGGUCUGUACUUUCUUAUGAGACCGUCACAUAGUUUUUCUUGUUUUCAUGCGAUUUCUUCAAAAGUGUUGACCAUGACUGGGCUAUUCAUCUAUUUCAAUUACUGCUUUUUUUUAAAAGAAAGUAACAUAUCAAUUAAAUUAUUUAAUUUCUUCAGAACAGCUGUUGGUUUUGAUUGAAUAUGUGCCUUUUGGGGAUCUGCUGGGUUACCUGAGAAAGAGCCGUGGAUUAAAAGACACUUACUACAAAGACCCGGAUAUCAAACCACAAACAAAUCUGACGUCACAGCAGCUGAUGAAGUUUGCUUGGCAAAUUGCUGAUGGAAUGAGUUACUUGUCCGCAAAAUCUGUAAGUUAGUUAAAAACACAAAAGACAAACAAUUCUAUCGUCAUGUUAAGCUCUGGCAUGGAAUAUUAUGUCUUCACAUGAUCACGCCUGGGAGAUGCAGACGUAUUCUUACCGUCUUGUCGAGGCUAUUUCUUUAGGGCCAGGAACCCUCCCGAUUUUGACGUCAUCAUAUAAGUUUUAUUUCAAUACGAGAAUGGCGAUAUUUGUGCAUCAUUGCAAGUGUACCCCAUCGAAAUAAAAUAUCUGGGUUUUUCUCGUGUGAGCAAAGGCAGAGACGUGAAGGAAUAGGAUCUUUUAAGAUAUUCAGCUUAAACUGAGUGUACAACAAAUAUUCAUUUUAGUGACAAGGAAGAAAAGGAAUUAAAACUUCAACUUAAAAAAAUCGUCUUUGGUCGCUAAACUGCUUCAUUACAGAAUCCUAUUUCGAUUAAAAUGUUAAGGUAAGCGUUCUUUGAAAUGACUACGUAUUGCAAAAAAAAAGUAGUUUGCUUCUCUUUGGAAUAUGGAGCAGUUAUUGUAGUAGUUUUAAUUUUCUGGUCUGGAAGAAAAAGAAAUACACACAGCAUAUUAUGUUGCUAGAUAUUUCUAUUUUCCUCUCUGAACCAUUUCAUUUCAGUUCUUUUUCAUCUACAAUCGCUAAUUUUUGCGGUUACAUCAAUUCUUUCUUAGAUCAUUCACCGAGACCUUGCGGCCCGUAAUGUGUUGGUUGGACAAAAGGAAAUGUGUAAAGUGACAGACUUCGGAAUGGCCAGAGAUGUGCAGCAGGAAAAUAUUUAUGAACGAAAGACAAAGGUAAUCAAGAAAAAGGGGAGGUGAGGGCGGUAUCACAUUUCGUUCAGUUUAGUGAUCUUUGACAUCAUUGUUGUGGUUGAGCUGAUAUAUUCCUGAUUUCGAUCAUGAAUUCCUUGGGACCCUAAUGAAACUAUCAGCCAUGCGUAUACGAGUACAAUUUUAAAUAUCACUAUUUCUGACUACUCACUUCCUAUAAUUCUCGAGCUGUUUCACAAAGUGAUAUUUAAAAUCUUUAGGGCCGUCUUCCCGUGAAGUGGACAGCUUAUGAGGCCUUAUUGUAUGGUAAAUAUACCACCAAAAGUGACGUGUAAGUAUACCUGAUUAUCAACCGUAGCAAUUUAUCAACAAGUUUUAUCAUUUUUAGUCAGGACUUGAAUUCUAUGCUUUGUCAAAGAAUACAUAUAUUUUAUUUGUCGUAUAUACUGUUUAUGUCUAUAGUCACUUAAUUUAUAUUCGUUUGAUUUGUCUUUCUGCAGAUGGAGUUAUGGAGUUCUGUUAUACGAGAUUUUCACCAUAGGUAACAUCGAAUGGAAUUUUAUGAGGCUCUGUUGAUGUUUUUUGCUUUAUACCAUGUUUAAUUAAACAAUGUAUCGUGUUCAGUCAGACAAACGUAAUGAGCUUCAAACUACAUCUAGUGACAAAGGUGGUGUUUCAUUGAAGGUCGUUUUUUUGUCACAUUUAUAUUUCGAUGGUCUUGUGGUUCUUCCAGGCGGUUCACCUUACCCACGAAUGGAUGGAAGAAAAAUUGCAAACUUACUCCAGGAUGGAUACAGGAUGCCUAAACCACAACACGUCGAUGAAAAAUUGUAAGUUUUCUUUAUUUGCUUGUUCUCCCUCGUCGUACAAGGAAACAUUCUUUAAAUCUUUAACAGAUUAUUUGAAUAAUACCAGGUAUCAGAUCAUGAUGAAAUGCUGGAAGAAUGACCCAGACACAAGACCAACUUUCACUGAAUUGAAAAAUCAGCUUAAGGACAUGGAAACCCUACACAAGGUCAGAAUUUUUAUCAAUAUGAAAGUUUUUUUUUUCACGUAAGACCGACUGGCUUAGGCUUAGCUAAUUAGGGUUAAACGUAACAGCAUUGAGCCUAAAUAGCGUAUUAAUAUGUACUCAUCUCUGUACUUUUUAUGAAGUCUGGAAUGCAUCUUUUUGUUAUGUUACUGAAGCUAGCACUCCACGAAAAACAUCAAAGAAGUGAACUUGAAUAUCCCAAUGACAAUUAACACUUGAUGGUUAUUUAAAAGAUCAUAGGAUGAUUGCAAAACUGCAUUGAGACGCACAAAGAGUAGCAGACGACGACGUCAUAAAAUACUUCCUCCUUGAAUUUGUUUUGGUGUGAAAACCUCACCACUCAUGAGGAUAACCACUUAAAACUUUUUUAAUGAUGCUGAUUAUUAUAUUAUUUUUCUCUGCAGAAGCUAAUUGACAUGAAAAUGUACGACAAGCAGUUGUAUGCAAACGUCGAGGAUUUAACGGUGUAGUUAGAUACACGUCCACGGUGUAUGACUGGCUAACAUUUUGAACACUUCGCCUAGACAAGUUUCAGGGAUCAAUCAUCGUUUCCUUACACGCUUACUUGGUAGAAAUAGCCAUGUUGCGUUUAGCAGUUAGGCUGGAACGUCGUAAUACAAUGGACUUUAUAUUCUUAAACGCUGAAACGCUUUGAGUUCAGCCUAUUUUCUGGCUCAAUUCUGAGGUGAAGAUGAGAUCUCGCUCUGAAAGCCAUAGUUGUGUACAAUUUUAAUAAAUUGCUUAAAACAUUUUUGCCGCAAAACCCGCUUGUUUUCAGGAAAGCUAAUCGUGCGCAUAAAUGACUUUCCCCAAGACCGCCUUCACUUGCGAUACCAACUCGAAAUACUUUUAUACGGAAUUCUAAUCAAAAUUGUACUUGGCACAUUACUUCUGCAAGAAAGU